AUGCAAAAAAAAGUAUAAUCUUUAGAAUAAGAAUAUAUAAAAUAGUUGUUCAUAAUUAUUAAUCUGAUCAUCUAUUUUCGCUACAAAAUUAAAUUCGGAGAUAAAGUUGCCUUUUUAUUCUAUCCACUGCUCGGCGGCUUAGGGAUAUCUAGAAAGUCUUAUAGAAAGUAUGGCGAUUCACUACAUAUUUUGAAGUAGAUAUAAAGAAACAAACCUGAUAUGAAGGCUGUUGUCAUAUUUAAUGGUUUCAACAUUUAAAUAACUUUGAUUGAUACAGGGUUACUAAAGGUCUUCUUACAAAAUACAAAAAAUUAUUAUAAGGCCGAAGGCCCUUUUGGUGCAAGAUAUGUUUUCGGGUUAGGCUUAGUGAAGUCAGAAGGCAAGAUAUGGGCUCGCUAAAGAAGCUUACUUUCAAAUACCUUUCACUUUAAUGCUUUGAAGGAUCGUGUUCCUGUGAUUAAAGAAAUAACUAAAGAAUAUCUUUAGAAACUUGAUUCUUACAAGGAUAGUGCAGUUCCUAUCAUCGAAGAACUGUAAAACAUUACUUCAGAAGUGAUCAUCUAAACAUUUUUUGGAGAAAAUUUGAGAGACAAAAAAGUGAAUGAUCUUCAACCAUCUGUGGAAAUAUCUAAAAUCAUUCUUGAAGGUUUCAAAUAUAAAGCUAAUAGUUUUCCAUAUUUUUUGAAGCUCAUGGUAUUUGGCUAAGAGAAGGCUUUUAGAGUCUUAAAUACAUAAUUUGAAAAGGAUUUCAUAAAAAGAGUAGAAAAUUUCAAUUAAUUUAUAGAGGAAAUUAUAGAAAUACGCCUUAAUUAACUAUAAAAUACAUAUGAAACCUCUCAAGUGGAUGAAAAUUUCCUAAAUCUAUAUUUGUUAGAAUAUAUUAAGUAAUAGAAGGCUUUAAAAGAGAAUUCUAAACAGUUUGCAGAUUAUGAGUUGAUUUCUAAAAGAGAAAUAGCACAUUAAUUUUCUACCUUCUUCUUUGCUGGUAUGGAUACUACUGCAAACUAAACUGGCAUUUGUCUUUGGUUAUUAGCUAAGUACCCUGAAAUAUAAAAAAGAGUAAGCGAUGAAAUUAAUUAAGCUGUGAAUAAUUUUGAUUAGUUGAAGCAUGAAGAUUUGAGUAAACUGGAUUAUUUUAAUGCUUUUUUCAAAGAGUCACUAAGAAUGUACCCAACUGCACCUCACAUCAUCCCUAGAGUUUCUGCAUGCGAUCAUUUCGUUGAAGAUUUUUUUGUACCAAAAGGUGCUAUCAUUAACGGUGUCACUAUUUAGCAUAAUGAAUAAAAAUAUCCUAGCUUAUGCAAAGAAAUAGACACUUUUAACCCUGAUAGAUUCCUCAAUUAAAACGUUAUUUAAGACCAUUUCAGUUUUAUCCCAUUCUCUGCUGGACCUCGUAACUGCAUAGGACAACAUUUAGCUUUGAUUGAAGCUAAAAUAAUUAUUAUUUACAUGCUAAAGAAUUAUGUGAUUAUACCAAAUGAUGAACUUGAAAAUGUUGAAUUUAAUCACUUAUUUGUUUAUACAAGUAUAUAAAGGAAUCUCAUUAAAUUAAAGAAAAUUAAAAGUGAAUGA